AUGGAACACCACCGUGAUCAAGUCAAGCGAGUGAUCAGUGAGUAUCUCGCUGGCAUAGACGACUCAUUACGACGAGUCAAUCUCACUAUACACAACAACCCCGAGCUUGCCUACGAGGAAAAGUACGCGCAUGACACUAUCAGUACAUUCCUGGAAAACUUGGGCGUGUCGGUGACUCGCAGUGCGUUCGGGUUGGCGACCUGCUUUGAGGCGACGGGUGGCUCGGGGGGACGCUGCGUCAACUUCAACGCCGAGCUCGAUGCCUUGCCUGGGAUCGGGCACGCGUGCGGGCAUAACCUCAUAGCUACUGCGAGUGUGGCAGCCUUCCUCGCCCUGAGACAUGCCAUGGCCGAAUUUGCCGUGCCGGGUCGAGUUCAACUGCUGGGGACCCCGGCCGAGGAGGAUGGCGGCGGCAAGAUCGAUCUGUUGAAGCGCGGUGCGUACGAGAAGUCCGACCUCUCAUUGAUGGUGCAUCCCAUGGCCGAAUCCAGCUUUCGGGACCGCGGUGUCAUUGGCGCUGCUGGCCAAAAGUCUAUCGCUUGCGCCGAUCUGGUGUGCACAUAUACCGGCGUGAGUGCCCAUGCAGGCGCGAAUCCUUGGGAGGGAGUGAAUGCCCUGGAUGCCUUUGUGACAGCGUACAUGAACGUCUCCACUCUGCGCCAGCAGAUACAGCCACAGGAACGAAUCCAUGGGACGAUUCUGGAGGCUCCAAAAAUCACCAAUGCGAUACCGGAGAAGACAGUGGCAAAAUUCUCUGUUCGAAGCCCCACACUGAGUAGUCUGGCGGCCCUGAGUGACCGUGUACGUCACUGCUUGCAGGCUGGAGCGCUCGCAACCGGGUGCCAUGCGGUCUUCGAGGACACCCCUGCAUACGCCGACCUGCGUGUUAACCCCCCUCUGUGUGCGGAAUACUGCCGGUCUAUGGAAGAGCAAGGAGAGAGGCUGUUGUUCGAGGCGGAGGAGGUGAUGACCGGGUCGACCGAUCAAGGGAAUGUCAGCUAUGCCCUCCCAGCACUGCAUGCGAUCAUUGGCAUCCCGGUUCCCAACGGCGCCCAAAAUCAUACGCACGAGUUCUGCGUAGCCUCGGGCGAGGUCGCUGCCUACCAAAUCAUUCUGAAAGCUGCAGCAGCGAUGGCCAUGACCGGUUGGGCUUUCCUGACGGACGAUUCGUUCUUUGUGAGAGUUAAGGAGGCGCACGAGCAGGCUGUCAAUUAG